AUGCGAAGACACGCGGCCAUGCCAGAGAUGCGAGACAUUGCCCAGUUAUGCCUGGCAGAUGAGGCCGAGCAGCUCCAGCAGCAGGCGGCACAGCAGGCAGCUCAGCAACAGGCGGGCGCCAGCUCGCGAACGGUCCCUCAGAAGCGACGUGCAUCCCAAUCACAGACGGGGACGUCUGUGGAUAGUGGUGAUCGGCCGGAGCGAAAUGGACACCCGCCUGGCUCGGAUGAGGGCAGCAUGGCUGGACCAAGCUCACAGCGAAACGUCGUGUCACCAUCUGCCGCUACGAACGGCCCAGACAUGAUGAACGCAGUUCACAUGAUGACUUCGCCCGUCGACUCGUUCCGGCCACAGACCCUGCCGUCCAUCAACGAGGGCCAGGGCGGCGCCCAGAUGCCGCAGCAGCAGCAGCAGCAGCAGCAGCAGCAACAACAACAACAGCAGCAGCAGCAACAGCAGCAACAGAACACCGUCGGCAAUAGGCUGUGGUACGAGCAAUCGCUCGGUCAGAACAACACGUCCUCCAACGGCGGCGUACCGGAGAACUUCUCGUGGAGCGCCCUCGUCGAAGGCAUGUUAGAUCCAUUGCACACUGGGACACCGCAGUCGGGGAAUCAUCAGGACGUGUCGUGGCUUAACAACUAUGCUAGCACGCCAGCUGCGCCUGCGCCCAUGUCGCUGCCUGCGCCUACGCCCGGUCCCGCGGCGCAAUCGAAUUCACCGGGCCAGGGAGGAUCGCAGGACGCAGCGCGCAUCGCCGCCACGUCGCAAUCGCCCAGCACAGUCACCGGUGCCCAGAGCAACAGCGUAGACGAACACAUCACACCUUAUAAUUACACGUUUGGUUACUCGAGGCUACGGACAUACACGAACGAGCUUGGCGAUCCGACCUUUAAGGCCCGCGUAUCGGCUGCGACGGACCGGUUCAAGCCGAUCCUGCACAGCUGCCUCUCGCAGUACUCGGACGAUCAGAACAUCCAAGCAGAGAUCCAGUUCGUGUCCUUCGUUCGGCAGUGGCAGAGCCUUAGCGACGCUUUGCCUGUACCUGCGCUCGUUUGGCGACGGACAGGUGACAUCAACGGCGGCAACACCCGCAUGGCGCGACUGCUCGACGUUCCGCUGGACAACCUUCGGUCCGGAAAGCUCUGCAUCUACCACAUCUUGGAUUCUGCUUCGUUCCAGGACUACUGGGAGGACUACGCGUCCAAGGUGCUGAUCAACCUUGCGGAUCGGUCCACGUUCGACGUAACGGUGCCCGUGGCGCUGACGAAGAAUGCGGAUCCGACCAAGACGCACCUGCUCAGCGCGUCUGUCAUGUUUGACACGUUCGGGCUGCCACUGGUGGUCAGCGCGGUGCUGACCCCGCUAUCGAUCGAGUACAAGUCGCGCAUCGAACCGUCAAUGGUCAUCCAGUCACUGGAAUAUCUGUGGAUGUGCUGA